UUUCCUACUUCUUUUUGCUUCUGGCUGUCAGUCAAUUAUUCACCGAAACCAUUAUUGUUUUUCGGUGAAUGUUUAUCGAAAUAGUCGAAAAUAAACCUCAAAUAAGAAAAAACUAGUUAUUACACGAUAUUUUAAACCAUCUACCUUUUAGCAUAGUGAUGUCAUCGUACGUAGACAUGAGUUUGGAAGACAUUAUUCAGAAGAAAAGAAGAGAAAAUUUACGAGGCAAAGGUCCAAUGAAAGGUAAACCUAAUCGUAACCCACCUCCCGCACGGCGCCUACCCAUAGCAGAUGCUAGAAAUAAAAUCAUAUCAAAAAAGAGGAAUCAAAUUACGGAUGCUCGGGAAAAAUUAGCAGAACUUGCAAAGCAAAAGGAUGCUCGUUUGAAACUGGAACAAUUGAGAAGAAAAAGGGCUAUAUCACAAGGGCAAGGCAGAGUCUUCCAAACACAACAUGGGAAACUUAUGAGGAACCCACCUAGAGAGAAAGAGAUAGUGUUUGGUGAUCCAUCAAGACAGGUAGUGUCACAACCGUUUUCCCGUGCUAGAAUGCAAAUGAAACGGCAGCUAAAUAAUAACAGACUGCUGGAAAGCAGACCAGUUUCUUCUAGAGCCACAUAUGAUAAAGCUCCUAGACUGAAACCUAUCUUGAGGACUGUUGAAAAUGAUCUUGAAAUGAUUGAUGAUCCUAUGGGAGAGGAAUUUAGGUCACCAAAAUCUUCCGUGCUCAAUCGCAAAGCAAAUCUGCAACUUAGAAUUGUUGCUCACAAUAAUGAUGCUAGAGGAGGUAGAACUUCUGCAAUGCACAGACUGAGUACACCUGAUAAAGAAAAAAGUCCACCAAGACCCCCAUCAAUUUUGAAAAAGCGUCCAAUGGCUGCUUUGAGAUCUGAGAAGAAAACUGAAAAGUCUGAAAAGCCUGCCAUGGAGUACCGAAUUAUUGUAAGCAACUUAAAAAGUUCUGUCACCGGUGGUGAUAUUGAGGAGCUUUUUGGUGAUGUAGGAGGCAUGCUAGAGUCUCGCUUGGUUCGGCCAGGUACUGCUGAAGUAAUAUACAAGACAUUAGAAGAUGCCCAGAGAGCUGUAGAGCUAUAUCACAACCGACAGUUGGAUGCUCAACCUAUGAAUUGUCUUCUGGUCACCCCACGAUCCUCUACUGCAGCAGGCCCCGCAAGGAAUGGAAACAAACCAGGACUAUACAGCACAAACUCAAAUGUGGAGCCAGAUAUUUCUACUUUCCACAAAGUUUUGUUUAGUAAUUUUUAAGAUUAUGUGUUGUAUGAGCUUUGAAACUUCAUAAACAAAAUUCAAUAUGAAUUUACAAUUAAUAUUAAUACUUAGAUGUAAAAUAUCUUUGCAUUAAAGUGUUUCAAUUUUCAAUUUAGUAGUAUUGUAUUGACAAUGUUGAACUUUUUAAAUGUGUUACUAAUCACAUAGCUCCAUAUUACUCCAGGCAUGUAAUACACACUCUUGUAAUAGCAAUUAAAUAGUAUACAGGGUGUUAGUGAUAUCGUAACGAAAACUUGAUUCAGACCAUGAUUCUGAGUUGAUAUCAAGCGGAAGUUCUUGUCGCAAAAUUCCUUUUAAAAAAUCACCUAACACCCUGUAUUAUAUUCGUAUCAACCCUCACGGCACGACCCCCGCACCGCGCGGGGCUUUAAAUAUAUAGCGACUGCUUCAUCCAAUAGCCGUACGCCGUCUGUCUACCGUAGACAGUGUUCACUGCGUCGAUUGGAUGAAACCCUCGAUAUAAUUCGCGCCACGCGCGGCGCGGUUGCCAUACAGACACCGCUGAUAGAAAAAAACAUUUUUUUAUUUAAGCAGAAGUGUAAAUUAAUUACGUAGCAAGAGAAAUUCCGUUAAACACGGGAUACAAAGAAAUAAUUUGAACAUUAAGGUAUGUAAUUGAAAUUGAAAUAAAGAUGAAAAAGUUAUAAA